AUGGGUGACGAGGACAAGGGUGAGCCUGUGUAUGCUAGCUACGCUGACCAGCAGGCAGAGAGAUUUCCCCCCUCGUUGACUUCACUGCUGGAACGAUUGCAGGCGCCGUCGGUCUCCUCGUUGGACAACCAUUUGACGUGGUCAAGGUUCGCUACCAAACACCUCAGUACAAUGGAAGAUAUCGCCUCCAUUCUGAAGGAGGAGAAGGUGCGGUCGAACCUACGGUCUUUGCCAGAUGGUUUCUCUGGAUUAGGCGGCCAGCUAACCGCAGAUUCCCGGCCUGUUCAAGGGUGUUAUGAGCCCUAUGCCUUCGUGAACGGAGUUAUCUUCUCCUCAUACACAUCCUUCAUGAGUAUGAUGCCUACGCCUCCCGGCCAGGACCCGACGCUAUGGCAAAUCAACCUCGCCGGAAUGGGAAGCGGUUUUGUGGGAGCUACUCUGACGUGCCCGAUCGAGCUCAUUAAGACGGUGCAGACUGCUCGUUAUCCAUCGAGGAUGAGGAGAACCGGAACGCUGACCCCCCAGAUCCGCCAACAGUCCAUGCCUCCGCACAUGAAUCCCUCGACGUACGCCGUUGCGUGGGAUAUCUUGAAGACUGGUGGCCUUCGUGGCCUUUACAGGGGCUACACAGCGACUCUAAUCCGAGAAUCCGCUUACGGACCGUAUGAGGCGGUGUGUCGAUACUUCAAGUGGCGCCGUGCGAAGUCCGGACAUCCGCUGGAAUAUCACGAUCACAAGCACGACCUUAUCAGCGAAGGCGAGGCCGAGCUCAACUCGGGCCUGAACUGGGCCGAGCUCAUGACGGCUGGAGGAGUGGCUGGCGUAGUUGCCUGGGUUGCGACAUUCCCUUUCGACGUCUUCAAAACUCGCAUGCAAAGCUCAUCCGCCUGGGGUGACGAGGCCAGCAAAGUCAAGUUGGGUCUCUGGCAGACGGCGGUCACAAGUGUUCGUAAAGAAGGCUGGAGGGUCAUGUUCGUUGGAUUGUGGCCCACAAUUGUCCGGGAGCCAGACGCAUUCGCUUCAUAUGGUUCCUCGCACCUUCACGGUUUCGGGUCGGCUACCAACCAUGCAAAGGGGGUAGCGGCGUCCUUCUGUGGGCGUGCCUGCACUACGGAAGGGUUCAUGCAGGGCUCCGGAGAGGGUAAUGUCUGGGGCGAUAUGGGAUCGCCUGGGUGCGUCGAGCAGACGGAAGCUUGUGCCGAGCCACAAGACUACUGA